GCGCAUCAGCUGAUUUCAUUUUCUAUUGGAGCGGUAUGAUUUCGGGCAGAGACGUACUUAGCCCUUCUCGUCAACUGGAUAUUGUUUCUGAAAAGGAAAACCCCAACUUUGCGGACACCCUGUAUAUGCAGAUAACCUUCGGAGUUCUCUGAAGAAGUGAGGCAAAACGCAACGCAAAACCAACACAUCGCGUUUUCCACUGCUCCGCAUAGUAUAACCUUUCCCCGGGGCUGUAAAGUAAAGCGCACAGCUGCAAGCGAAGCGCCUUCGAUGUAAACGUACACUUA